GAGAUAGUAGUGUCCGCUAAACAUAUAUACAUACAAUAGGUAACCAAGGUACCAGCUUGGUUAAUUGCCAUAAUCUUAUUUAUACACCAAGGACCCUAAUGCUCCCCUAUAGUUUGAAGCAUUUUAUCUGAAAACUACAAGUUAAGUCGACCGGCCGGUUAAUGAUCAUGUGUGCUGGAUUGCAGGGGCUUGCUGGGCUUUUUCCGCCGUGGCCACGAUCGAAAGCGCCUACGCAAUCGCCAAGCGAGGCGAGCCGCCGGUUCUGUCCGAGCAGGAGCUCAUCGACUGUGACACAUUCGACAGAGGCUGCACGAGCGGCGAGAUGUACAAUGCCUACUACUGGGUCUUGAGGAACGGCGGCAUCGCCAACAGCACAACGUACCCCUACAAAGAGACUGACGGCAAGUGCGAGAGAGGGAAACUGCAGGAACACGCGGCCACGAUCAGGGACUACAAAUUCGUCAAACCCAACUGCGAGGAGCAGCUCAUGGCAGCCGUGGCGGGGCGACCCGUCGCCGUCGGGUUCGACUCCAACGACGAAUGCUUCAAGUUCUACCAAGCUGGUUUGUACGACGGCAUGUGCAUCAAGCACGGGGAAUACUUUGGCCCGUGCUCGUCCAACGACCGCAUCCACUCCUUGGCCCUUGUCGGGUACGCCGGCAAGGGGGUCGACAGGGUCAAGUACUGGAUCGCCAAGAACUCCUGGGGCGAGAAGUGGGGAAAGGAGGGCUACGUCUGGCUGAAGAAGGAUGUUGAUGAGCCGGAAGGCCUCUGCGGCCUUGCAAUUGAGCCGGUAUAUCCUAUAGUCUGAUCUGAUCUGAUGAGAUCGACUGCACUGGGCGUGCCUGAAACCUACGGAAAUGGCAUUCACCUAUAUUUUGGGUUGCUCUGUAUGCAUGGAUGCGCCUACUAUAUUUUACUACACAUAUAUUCAUCUCCCGCCAAUAAAACUAUAUGUCCUUGUAUCCAUUUAUGCACGUUUAUGCAUAUCUUAAAUAAAUUGGAUGGAUUGGUUAUCCAUUCUAUA